CUCUCCCUCCCUUCUCCAUUUCUAGCUGUUUUUGGAACACGCACAGCAAGAACCGGGGAAGUCCUCCACCAAUUGUUUCGGUCCUGAGAGGAGCUCAACGCUUGGACCCCUCCCUCCUUCUGUCUCUCUCUCCUCUCUCCUCUCUCUCCCCCUUCUGUUUCCCUUCCUCUCUCGCCCUCUCUCUCCUCCCCUUGUUGUGACAGAGCACACCUGCUUGAUCUUGGCUGAGCGUGCUCCGAGUCCAAUUACCCCAUAGGCCCUCGCAGCCACUUCACAGUCUCAUCCCCCCACUCGGCUGGAUUUUGGGAGUCAAGCUCAUCUCGCCCCACUUCUGCUCUCUUUGUCUCACUUUAACUGAGAACAGGCUCCACUGCUUGCACUGCGGCACCAUGAGGUCGGCCUGUCUCUCUCUGCUCCUGGUCACCGCCUGCUGGGCCCUGCCCUUCCGCCAAUCCGGCUUCCUGGACUUCAUGUUGGAGGAUGAGCCGGGAUCGGGCUUGAUUCCAGACUUAACCGUGCCCGCCAUGCCCGAGGGACCCAAGUGCCCAUUCAGAUGCCAGUGCCACCUCCGUGUGAUCCAGUGCUCUGACCUCGGUCUGAAGGCAGUUCCCGGGGACAUCCCUGAUGACACCACCCUGUUGGACCUGCAGAACAACAAGAUUACUGAGAUCAAGGAGAACGACUUCAAGAACCUCAAAGGACUGCAUGCUCUGAUCCUGGUGAACAACAAAAUAACAGUCAUCCACGCCAAGGCCCUCAGCCCUCUGACCAAGUUGCAGCGCCUCUACCUGUCUAAGAACAUGCUCAAGGAUAUGCCGGCCAACAUGCCCAAGAGCCUGCAGGAGCUGCGCAUCCACGAGAACGCCAUCACUAAGAUCAAGAAGGCCUCCUUCCAGGGCAUGUCCCAUGUCAUCGUCAUGGAGCUCGGAUCCAACCCUCUGAAGAGUGCCGGCAUUGAAGCCGGUGCUUUCGCUGACCUGAAGAGAGUCUCCUACAUUCGCAUCGCAGACACCAACAUCACAGACAUCCCCAAAGGUCUGCCUAGCUCUCUUUCUGAGCUCCACCUGGACGGAAACAAGAUCAGCAAGGUGACAUCUGGCAGCCUCAAAGGCCUGAAGAACCUGGCUAAACUGGGUCUGAGCUACAAUGAGAUCAGCUCCGUGGAGAACGGCACCCUGGCUAACGUGCCCCACCUGCGCGAGCUGCACCUGGACAACAAUAUCAUGACCAGCGUUCCUCCUGGUUUGCCCGACCACAAGUACAUCCAGGUGGUCUACCUCCACGCCAACAAGAUUGCCGCCGUGGGAACAGAGGACUUCUGUCCUCCCGGCUUCAACACCAAGAAGGCGAUGUACUCUGGCAUCAGCCUGUUCAGCAACCCCGUGCCGUACUGGGAGGUUCAGCCGAUCACCUUCCGCUGCGUCUUCGACCGCUCCGCCAUCCAGCUCGGCAACUACAGGAAGAAGUAGAGCGUCCCCCGGCGGCGCGCCUCCGCAAAGACCGUGUGUGUGUUUGUGAACGAGUGUGUGAAAGUUUUGUAAGCGUGCGUGUUUGACCACCCACCCCCACCAACACUGCCUCCCCCCUCCCUCCCCCCCAAAAAAAGAAAAUCUCAUUGACACACAUCAUAUUUUUUAGUGGACAUGGACCUUGAAACAUAUCAAUUUCACUAUUUAGCUUCGAGGUUGGUGCGACAGUAGCACACACACACACACACACACACACACAGCUUACGGCAAACACCGGCGUACGAUGGUGAUGCUCUCACUCACAGCACAGUAAUUAUAGGACCAGUUUAGCCUUCGUUUUGCACAAUUACGUGCAGGAAAAAAAAACAAAAAAAAAACAUGCAACGGAUAAAUUGAACUUCGGACGUGAAACCCUGACCAAAAAAAAAAAAAGAAAAAGAAAGAUUUCUAUGUGGAAUAUGACAUAUUCAUGUGAUAAUCCCACCUCUUAUGACCUUUUAUCCAUUGUAGGACUGACUGGCCUGUAGAGCAGGCAGCGACGGGGUCAACUUGUGUUUUUACAAAUGCCUUUUAACAGCUGCGGUACAAGAGAAUGUACUAGAUGUUACCUGUGUGUACUAGGAAUAGCGUUUAGAGUGUGCGAUUGCCACGCUGCACUCCAUGAACGAACCCCCCGCCCCCCACGAGUUUUCUAUUUGUAUUGUGCUCGAUUCAAGUAGAGAUAAAAGGCAACCGUGACGACUUCUAUCACAUUGUGAUCUCUUUCAUUGUGUUGUGCUUCUCAGUUCUGGAUGUUUUUUUCUUCCAUCACAUUCCAUCCUGUUGCCCUGUUCCUGUGUAUGUUGUUUCUUUUAAAAGAAAAAAAAAAAAAGGAUUAAAAUAGCUUCUGAAAAUAUAGAAUAAACCAUGUAUGUUUUAAAACAGAGGCCAUUCCCAAAGAUUUAUAUGCAUGCUGUUAUUUUUUGUUCUUUCAAUUUGGUGCUUUUUCUGGAAUCUCUUGUUAAUGCCUGUGUGUAUGUUCGUCUCUCUCGAUGUUUCCCUGCUCUUUGCCUUCUAUUUUAUUUUUUUGUUAUUGUUUGUUUUGUUUCAAAAAGUACAGCAAACUUGGAGGGUGUUUUCUUUGGACCGGCAUGCCCAUCGCGCCCACAGUGGUAUAGAUGUUGUAUGUAUAGACGCUGUAUAUAAAUGCUGUAUAAAAAAAAACUCUCUUCACUUAAAAGGCACAAGCACUUAUCAUAAGCGCCAGACUUAAUAUAUCAGCAAAAAUAAAAAGGUGUUCCUCUUUCUUUUUUCUCCCCAACCCCACAAAGGAGCAGGGGCUCCAGCUACGGUGUCCUGAACAAAAUAAAAAUACUAAUGGAAACAGUA